CCGCCCUCCCUCUUCCACUCCCCGCGGCGCGAGCGGCUGACUUCCCGGAGAGGAAACAGCAUUCGGAGCUGCCCUCCCGCCCAGGCCGGCCCUGACGCGGGCCUCGUCAGCCGGUAACAGGGAGCAGAGGUGGGAGUUAGCGAGGCGACCACGAAAACAGUGAAGGUCGGAACCAACGGCCUCCUCCGAGAAGGGCAGGAGCUGGGAGGAGGCGGCAGCGGCGGCGGCAGAAACAGCAGCGGCGGCGGCGGCAGCUGGGAGGAGGUGGUGACGGUGGCAACGGCAGCGUCGGGGACGAUGGCGCGACUGGUGGCAGUGUGCAGGGACGGGGAGGAGGAGUUCCCCUUCGAGAGGAGGCAGAUUCCCCUCUACAUAGACGACACCCUGACGAUGGUGAUGGAAUUUCCUGACAAUGUGUUAAAUCUCGAUGGACAUCAGAAUAAUGGUGCACAGCUAAAGCAGUUCAUUCAGCGACAUGGUAUGCUUAAGCAACAGGAUCUAAGUAUUGCCAUGGUGGUGACAUCACGCGAAGUCCUGAGUGCGCUUUCUCAGCUUGUCCCAUGUGUUGGUUGUCGUCGCAGUGUGGAGCGCCUCUUUUCCCAGCUUGUAGAGUCUGGAAAUCCUGCUCUUGAACCCCUAACAGUAGGGCCCAAGGGAGUCCUGUCUGUAACUAGAAGCUGCAUGACUGAUGCAAAGAAGCUUUAUACAUUAUUUUAUGUACAUGGGUCCAAACUAAAUGACAUGAUAGAUGCUAUUCCAAAAAGUAAGAAGAAUAAGAGAUGUCAGUUGCACUCCUUAGAUACGCACAAGCCAAAACCUUUGGGUGAAGAGAGCAGUAGCAGUGUCAGUUCAGAAAAGUUAAGUACAGAUAAGAGAAAUAGUGAAGACCACAGGAAGGACAGCAAGUGUAGGAUCAUUUUCCAUUAUGGAUCUUUCCAGGGAACAGCCAGAGGUUGUUGGAUGGAUGUAUGGGAACUAAUGUCCCAGGAAUGCAGGGAUGAAGUAGUUCUAAUUGACUCGAGUUGUCUUUUAGAAACACUAGAAACAUAUCUACGAAAACACAGGUUUUGCACUGAUUGCAAAAAUAAAGUUCUCCGAGCAUACAAUAUCCUUAUUGGUGAACUUGACUGCAGCAAAGAAAAGGGCUACUGUGCUGCACUUUAUGAAGGCUUGCGGUGCUGUCCACAUGAACGACACAUACAUGUUUGCUGUGAAACAGACUUCAUUGCACAUCUUUUGGGUCGUGCUGAGCCAGAGUUCGCAGGAGGGUAUGAGCGAAGAGAAAGGCAUGCAAAGACAAUAGAUAUAGCUCAAGAAGAAGUUCUGACCUGCUUGGGAAUUCAUCUUUAUGAAAGACUGCAUCGAAUCUGGCAAAAACUACGGGCAGAAGAGCAGACAUGGCAGAUGCUUUUCUAUCUUGGUGUUGAUGCUUUACGCAAGAGUUUUGAGAUGACCGUGGAAAAAGUACAGGGUAUUAGCAGAUUGGAACAACUUUGUGAGGAAUUUUCAGAAGAGGAACGAGUAAGAGAACUCAAGCAAGAAAAGAAACGCCAAAAACGGAAGAAUAGACGAAAAAAUAAGUGUGUGUGUGAUAUUCCUACUCCCUUACAAACAGCAGAUGAAAAGGAAGUAAGCCAAGAGAAGGAAACAGACUUCAUAGAAAAUAGCAGCUGCAAAGCCUGUGGCAGCACUGAAGAUGGUAAUACUUGUGUAGAAGUAAUUGUUACCAAUGAAAAUACGUCAUGUACCUGUCCUAGCAGUGGCAAUCUUUUGGGGUCCCCUAAAAUAAAGAAAGGCUUAUCUCCACACUGUAAUGGGAGUGAUUGUGGAUAUUCAUCUAGCAUGGAAGGCAGUGAAACAGGUUCUCGGGAGGGUUCGGAUGUUGCCUGCACUGAAGGCAUUUGUAAUCAUGAUGAACACGGUGAUGACUCUUGUGUUCAUCACUGUGAAGACAAAGAGGAUGAUGGUGAUAGUUGUGUUGAAUGUUGGGCAAAUUCUGAAGAGAACAACACAAAAGGAAAAAAUAAAAAGAAGAAAAAGAAAAGCAAGAUACUGAAAUGUGAUGAACAUAUCCAGAAGCUUGGAAGCUGUAUUACAGAUCCAGGUAAUCGAGAGACCUCAGGAAAUACCAUGCACACAGUGUUUCACCGUGACAAGACCAAAGAUACACAUCCUGAAAGCUGUUGCAGCUCUGAAAAGGGUGGGCAGCCAUUGCCUUGGUUUGAGCAUAGGAAAAAUGUACCACAGUUUCCAGAACCUACAGAAACGUUGUUUGGUCCCGAUUCCGGAAAAGGUGCCAAGAGCUUAGUUGAACUCCUUGAUGAGUCUGAAUGUACUUCAGAUGAGGAAAUCUUUAUCUCACAAGAUGAAAUACAGUCAUUUAUGGCUAAUAACCAAUCUUUCUACAGCAAUAGAGAACAAUACCGACAGCAUCUGAAGGAGAAAUUUAAUAAAUACUGCCGCUUAAAUGAUCACAAGAGGCCCAUUUGUAGUGGCUGGUUGACAACAGCUGGAGCAAAUUAAAUAAAUAAAAUAGCUCUGUCUUUCAGUGAAACACUCACGAUGACUACUGCGCCUUCUCUUUCGAAAAACUCUUAAUUUAGUGACUUAUGGCAAAAUUUUAUCUUAAAUCAAUGUGAUUCUUUCUUGUUUUGGGAGACGGUGGAGGUAUCCUCAUUAGUUUGUUCUUUCUUCAGGCUUGUGUCUUUAGUUGCGUGGCUGCGCAGGCCUGCCAUAUGAUUUAAGCCAUCUCUUUUCAUUAAAUGUUUCUCUUCCUGUGAGACUUACUAAAGCAACUUAGUGGCAAAAAGUAAUGUUGUACUUAUAAUUCUGUACAGAAAUGACAAUGAGCUGAAUAUAUGGUUUUACAAAGUAGACAUCCACUUGCAAAAUGUUUGGAUGUAAUGUUAAAGCGCAAUGUGCAAAAUUUAAAAUAAAGAAUAUUUAUUAAUAUGCACAGUAAAA